CACUUUUAAAUUUUUUCUAGGUUAGCUCGAAUUGUCAAACAAGAAAUCAGUCGGUAAAACAGGAAUCAGUGGCGGUGUAACCUCAAAAAAACGUAAAUCGUUCGAAAAUGCUGUUUUACUCGUUUUUCAAGUCCCUGGUCGGGAAGGACGUUGUGGUGGAACUGAAAAAUGAUCUAAGCAUUUGUGGUACUCUACAUUCAGUAGAUCAGUAUUUAAACAUUAAAUUGACUGAUAUUAGUGUUACCGAUACGGAAAAGUACCCUCAUAUGCUUUCUGUAAAAAACUGUUUUAUACGGGGUUCAGUUGUCCGUUAUGUGCAACUACCAGCCGAUGAGGUUGAUACGCAACUUUUACAAGACUCUGCAAGGAAAGAGGCCACAGCUCCAACUAGAUAAUUUCAGAAAAGUUCAUCAAAUUAAGUAUAGGUUUAAAUUUCCACAACAUCUGAAUGGCACUUUCUGUUUAUCAGCGGAUAAUAAUUAGUUAGCUAGUUAUAAGUGGUAUAAAAAGUGUUCCCAUGAAGACUAUGAGAAAUAAAAGUCAAAUUUUUCUUU